UCUCGUAAAAAAUAUCAAAUUCAGGUGGAGCUGGUGCUCCAUUUCUUUGCAAGUUUUUUAAAUUGUAUGCAAAAUAGUUAAAAAAAAAGAAAAUAGAUUGAAUAAAACAAACUAGUUCGAAAAGGUUAAAUGACCAAACUUACCUUCAAAAUCGUAAUAAAUGAAAUAACAUCUUGUUAUAAUAGUUUUAUAUCUUCUAUUCAACUAACAUCGAUCGCUUGUGGUCAUGGAUAUUUUUUCUGCAUUCGUCUUUUUUGGUGUGAUUAUGCUGCUUCCACUUCUUGCUGGUUCUAUACAAAUGCCUUGAGCUCAAUUAUGCUCCACGGUAGAGUUCAAACGUUGCUAGUUCCCGUGGUUCGGUUGGAGACCGCUGUACAGAUUCCAGCGUACCAACAAAUCCACCACCAAAUAACCCAUCCCGUACGUUUGGUGUGGUUUUCCGCGUGUUUCAGUCGUUUGUAUCACGCCACAUACACUCGACAGAUCGAGGCGUGUAGUCGGGGCUAAUAAAGCUUAAUUUUAAUUUGCAAUGAAUCGAGUAGUGACCGCAAGGCUAAGCCGCUAUCCGUGCUGCUGGAUACCGAGCGUAGCGAUUGCAACAGCUUGAUAGUCAGUCAAGAGUAAGUGCUUGAAAGAUAGUACAUAGUACCGGCUUAUGUUGCCCUGCUGUUAGGCUGGAGCAUUACUUCCACUAAGGGCUGUAGCUGAGACGGGAUAGGAGAGAAGACGAGAUCAAGCCAAGGCCGUUAGGGUAGUACGACAAAAAGGGCAAGUAAAACGAAGGUACGCUGGGGAAAAUUGUUUGCGAAGAGGAAAAUAAAACAACUACCACCGAUCUAACGAUCGGAGCGGAAGGGAUUGCACGCGGUGUUGAUGUUUCACUCGUGCCAAGUUGCAACUUGCGCGCACCAUGCAUCCGACGAUAUGGAAGUGCAUCCGAUAACGGAAUGAGCGAAAGAGAAAGAAUAAAAAAGCAGUGGUGAUGGAAAAUGAGUGGGAAGGAAAGGGAUGGGAAAAUUGCCUAGUUUUCCCACCCAAACACGCGGUGUUGGCUGACACUAAUUAAAAAUAUUACAUCCAUAUAAAACGGAAUUGUUCGUUAAAUUCACUUUCAGUUGAAUGUUUACUCUCUCGCGGCUUGUCGGUUUAUACGGUGCAACGUUUUGCUGAGCCGAGCGCUUUACUAUUUUAUCAAAUUGAUUUUAUGUUUGUACGAUUUGCAACAUUGGACUGGUCUGCAGAUUGGUUUGGGAUUUUGUAUUUUAAUUAAAGCGUUCAAACAGAGCUGUCCCGAUCCUUUUUUUGUGAAAGUUGUGUGAAAAGAAAAUCAUUUCAUUUAUCCAUUGGUGAAAGUGAAGUUGGUGUAAAAUGAAGUUUAUGCAAACCAUACCACUGUUAUUACUGCUGUCCUGCAGUUGCUUCGCAGAUGGGCAGCAACCACUGAACCAACAAUCAGUGCAACCGGAACAAUCCCAUUCCGUGGCAGCCGGUGAAAAUGUCAGUAAAAACGUGGCUAGUGUUGUGGACAAGUCGCAGAACAAAAGAGGCGCUCCGGACAUACCGGUGGUCGUAGGUACGCCAGCGCAGCAUACGGCUUACAUAAAUCAUCACGUUGCCGGAGCAACCGUCGUAGCUGCGCCCAUUUCUGGCCACGGUUCACACGCAGCCAUCGGUACUGUGCCGUUCGGGUACGGGCAUGCGGUAACCAGCACCGGGCACCUACUGCAGACACCCAGCGUAGCGACAGGACACCAGCACGUGAUACACAAGGUGAAUUACGUAGCGCCCGCAACACCGACAACGCUCAAGUUGGCAACCGUUUCCGAGGGUUCCCAUCUACAUCUACAGCCCGUUAGUUCGGUUGUGACGAAGUACAACUAUGCUGUUCCACAGGUAACGUACGCACAUUAUCCUCAGUAUCAGGUGUACCACCACCAUCAGGCUAGCCCCGGUACAGUACAACCCUCCACAAUCUAUGCUGCGCAUCAACUCCACGAACAUCCGGUUGCUACGGCGACCGUCCAUGAGAUUGCUCAUCAACACCAGCAGCAGCAGCAACAGCAACAGCAGCAACAACAGCAUACAGCGUACGCUCAUCAGCAGCCUAUUUACGCACACCAUCCGGCAGCCAUUCAUUACUCCGUGCCAGCGUCGCUCGUACAUGCUGGUCAACACAAUUACCAGCAGCAGCAACAACAGCUUCCCCUGAGUCACACACAAGCCAUUCACUACCAGACGAACCAGGCCGGAAUACAGCCGGCAGUUCCGAUCGUCCAUCAGGCCCCGAUUGCCACCAUCAAUCAGGUACACCAGGCGCAGCAGGUCUACGCCACCCAAGGCCAGUUGACGAAGUACCCACUAGCAGCACAAUCGUACUACGGUGCGGGCGGACUACAGCAGAAUCAGAUCUACUCGACGGUACCGAGCUACGCAUUCCAUCAACAUGCUACAGUCAGUGCGAGUAAUGUUUUAGCCGGAAAACAGCUUCUACCGACCGUCGCCACCCCAGUUCAUCUUAAAUCGUUGGUCCCCGUUACAACCGCCACCACGACCCAACACCACGGUAACGGCAUCAGCUACACCGCUUUCACCCAACCUUCGCACGCUGCAUCCAUCCCCUUGCCAGCGCAUCUAAAGCCUGUACCACAGAGUCUGCUGCAGACGCAACCAUCCUACUUCAACGCCGCCGCACCCUCGAACGCCCAACAGCAGCAGCAACAGACACUCCAACAACAGCCCAAUGUCUAUUACCGAAAUCAGCUGCAGCAACAGCAGCACCAGCAGCAAGCCCAGCAACAGCAACGAGUUCAGAUUUACUCAACCGCAGCGAGCCCUUUGCAAAGGACUCCAUUGCUUUAUUCGGCCGGUCAGUUUAACCAUCCGGUACCAUCGCAGUACGCCACGUAUGCUUACGCUCCUCAGCAGCAGUCGGUUGCGGCCGGAGCACUUUUCCAACCGCAAGCAUCACAGGGAAAAAUCACCUACGCGCAGAACGGCGUUUCCACCAACGGUGGAGGCCGAGGCUCGAUCUAUCUGUUGCACUAAUCGUCCUCGUCUAUUGCCCACUGGCCAAAAAGUGACAGAAGAUGGUGUAUUUUCCUCUAUCCUAUGGAUCUCAAAUCCGAGCAUGUAGGCUACGGUUUGCAGCAGUUGAAUUGGGGGAAAAACGCGAACCCAGUCUCGUGCUGGAAGUUUAGACCAUUGGAUAGAGUGGGGAGGGAAAACCGCGAACGCGUAGAUUUAAGGGUGGUCGGGACGAUUCGAUUACAUACAAGCUUUGAUCCGCAUUUAUUGGUACCAAUUACACGUAGAAACACGUGGAAGCGAAUGGCUUCAGAUCGCAUGAUCGGAUUGCAGUGCACUGAAUGCUUCUCUAGAUUGGGCGCAUAGUGAGGUUAAAUGGUUUCAAUGGCGGUCGGUGUCGUUUUUUAUCAUUUCAUUUUGAAGCUGUUGUGAUAAAGUGUUUCUCCUCAUGCCUGCUCAAUUGGGCAGGCAGCACGAAAACACUGUUGACUUAGGGUUGAAUAAAGUAUGCGUCAAACUGAUGCUUCUAUCUUUCUGUUAGAUCGGCAGCCAGUUGAGCGUUUUGUAAAGUGAGAAAAAAUAAUUUAAUCUGUUCAACGGGAGAUUAGGUUUAUGUUAUUCGUUUGAGAUAGCCACGCUACAGAUUAUGAGUAAAUUGUACUUUGAGAACUAAUAAACUGUUAUAAGGAAAGAGCUAGAAAGCAUCUCUUUCAGAA